AUGAACAAUCCACCUAAUUUUCAGCUUGCCCCAGCAACAUCUCCAUCAUUAUCACGGCUUGUCUCUGAUAGCAAUUUUUUUGCUGUUUCCGGCACAAGAUCUCCUCAGCCUUUCCAAAACCCUAUGAGCACACCAUCAGGUCUCCCAUCAGGAUAUGGAGGUAAUCAAUACUUGAACUAUCCCAAGCCAGGGAUAACUCAAAGCUCAUUUUUUACAAAUCCUCCUCAGUUAUCAUCUCUUUCUAUGCCUCAGACAUCUCUUUACACUAAUCCUAUGCCUACAACUUCACUUACAGCUCCUUCUACAAUGUAUCCUCAAUGAAGUAUGGCUCCUCCAACUUCAUCUCAGCCACCCCAGCCAAGGACCAAUUUUGAAGACUCUGGGUAUUGAAGGCACAAAAAAGUAGAAACACUAUCAGAAGGCUACAAAAAAGCAAUUUAUGAAAUACAACAGGAUAUUGAUGGAAAUGAUAUAUCUCUUAGUCCCUCAGCUCAAAGCUUGGCAUUGUUGAAAUAUUUAUUUUAUAAUAAUUUUUAUUUUUUAAAUUGCAGACAAAAUUUUUACAUAGUCAUGCAAAAAAGUUAGAAAAUUCUGAAUCUACACUAGAAAAACUGUCUGAACAGCAAAUAAGGGUAAAAGAUAAAACUAAUCAGUUGUUUAGUUACUCUAAAAAGGUGAUUUCUCGACAAAGAAGAUGCCAAAAUGCUCUUGAUAUAUUAAAAACCUUUGAAAAUAACAUAUAGACCUGGACUUCUUUUCUAUCGCUCUGGGCUAUAAAGGCACUUCCAAUUGGUAGAAUCGGCUUUGGCAACUAAUAUUGCCCAAUCACUCGGCCAGUUAGCAAACCUUUUAUAGCUCAGAUUAAUCCAAAAGAAACCCUAGGCUAUAGCGAAAUACGUGAGAGAAUUUAUCAAGAUAACUGAGCAAUGCAACCAAGCUGAUGCAUUUCACAAAAUUCAAGCUCCAGCAGCUUUUUUAUCAGAUAUCUUAAAUAGCUGUGAAACUCAAAUAAAAGAAAUGGAAAGGAAUAUAAACGACAUGGAAGAAAUCAUUAAAUUAGAAACAAGCAGGCCUCAAUUUUCAUUGCUUGUUCAAACUAUCAGUCUAAUGAUGGAUAAAUUUAAAAUAGUUGGGAGCAUCUCUGCAGAUCUUCAUAAUAGAGUUUUGGAGUUCCAGUAUAAAGCUUCAGAAAUGGUAAAGGAUAAUUUUCAUCAAGAGUUGCCAUUAAAUUUGAAUGAAAUUAAAGAUGAGACGGAAUUAUUGGCAUUUAAAGCAGAAGAAAGCAUUUUUUCAGGUAUUCAGCAAAGUGAGAGCAAGAGGGGGUCGUUUACAGCUAAUAAAGAAAAUGAUUUUAAUAGGUAUCAGCCAGUUAAGCAGCCGUAUUCGAUAUUAAAAGAAACUAUUGUGGGAAAAACUGGCAUUCUGCAAUCCCCAACGCCAAGGAAGUUGUAA